AUGGAUAAUGGUUCCUAUAACAUCAAGGAAUCCUUGCUUGUUGUCAAACCUUGGCCACCUGAGCUCGCUUUUGAGGAGGUUGAUCUUUCUUCAUGUGCUUUUUGGGUGCAAGUACAUGGUCUCCCUCUUCAGAAUAUGAUGGUUGUCAACGCCAUUAAGAUUGGCAAACUUAUUGGUCUCAAGGUUCUGACUAUUGAAGAUGGCGAUAAACCAGGUAUCAUCAAUCAUCACCAUCUUCGUUUUCGCCUUUUAAUUGAUGUCUCUUUGCCUUUGGCUCCUGGAUUCCAUCUUCCCCGCAAUGGCCGUUCUCCUCUUUGGAUUAAACUUCUCUAUAAGAGAUUGGCCAAUUAUUGUGCUUUGUGUGGUUGUAUUGGUCAUUGCAAAAUGUUUUGUCCAGCUCCUCCUCCUCUGGGUACUCCUGAUCGCUAUAGCACCUCUCUUCAGGGUUAUGUUUAUCCGAGUUCCAGGAAAUUGGUUUCUGCUCGUCCUGCUUCGGGGUGUGUCUCUUCUGCUUCGGCGACUUCUCCCAUUAAUGGGCUUCCUCCGAGUUUAGUUCCUUUGAAGCUUGAGGAAGAAGCUUCUCUGCCAACUGAAUCUAGGCCACAAUCGCCAUCAUUAUCCCCAGUUAUGCCUAAUUAUCCUCAUGCCUCUCUCCCUGAUAUUCCGUAUUCCAGCCCUUCUUCAUAUAAUUCUCCACCAAUUUAUUCACCCAUAAAGCCUCCUCCCACUAAGAAAUCCCCCUCUCCUCGACUUUCUAUAAGGCAUCAUCCUUACUUACCAAAAACACAGGUUUUGGUACUCAGGGGUCGUGCUCCGGUGUCUGAGGUUUAUCCUUCUCCUCUUUUGGAGUCGCGCACCAUUUCGGGUCACAAAAGAGUUGCUGUUUCGGAGGUCUCUGAUUUAUUUUCACCUCCUUCAAAGAAGCUGUCUAAUCCUCAUAGUCUUCGGGACCGUAUGUUGUUUGCUGCUCAGUCUCUAACUCAUAUGAGGAAUUCUCCGCCAGCUCCGGUCACUCCAGGAACUUCUCCGGAAUUUUCUCUUGCAGCUUCUUCUCCAGGACUGCAAGAACAUAUUUCAGCUGCUCCACCUAAGCCCCUAUCUCCUACGAUAGCCAAGAAAUUCCACAAAGCAGCUAGGAAAUCUCGCAGUGUCACCCAGCUUGUUCUUGUGGAUGAAGUCUCCCAUGUUGAUGCUCGUGUGGAUGUUCCAACUUCAGCAUCUUUUGAGGCAGCUGGCUCUGCCAUGCCCCCUCCAGUUUCGCCCUCCGGUUCUAAAGGAGGUUUUCUGUUGGCUUGGAAAACUAAUAUUAAUAUUGCUAGCCUUAUUUUGAAUCAAUUGGGUUUUGUAAUGAUGAUCCAGGCUUCGCCCUCCGGUUCUAAAGGAGGUCUUCUGUUGGCUUGGAAAACUGAUAUUGAUAUUGCUAGUUUGUUUGUCUCUAGUAAUAUUAUCUCUGUUUGGUACUAUUCUGUUGAUCCAACUAUUUGUAUUGGAGAUUUUAAUGCUAUUUCAUCUUUUGAUGAUAAAUUGGGUGGUAGGCCUUUUGACUAUUUCUCGUUUAAUCCACUUAAUGACUUUAUGGAUGCGUUUGGAAUGGUGGAUUUAAGUUUCUCAGGCAAUUCUUUUACUUGGUCUAAUCAUAGACAGGGUUUUGAUUUAAUUAAGGAACGUCUUGAUAGGAGUAUUGCAAAUUCUUAUUUCGUUACUCAUCUCCCUGCUCACAAUUCAAAUCAUAACCAUUUGCUAUUGGACACUUCUAUUCCUUCACCUUCUCUACCUCGACCUUUUAGAUUUGAAGAAUUCUGGACUCGUGAUCCGACUUGUGGUAGUGUGAUUGAGGAAGCUUGGUUUUUUCAUACUAGUACUUUGAUUCGCCGAAGACAAAACUCUAUCAAUCUUUUGCAAUCUCCUCGUGGAGGUUGGAUUACUGAUCGUUUUGCUAUAGGGGAUUGUUUUAUUAAUAAUUUUAAAUCGCUUUUUGCUUCCUCAAAUCCUUCUCCUGAUGAGGAGUUAUUGAGCCUUUUUGAUAAUGUUAUUUCGGAUGAAGAUAACAAUUUACUCAGUGUUUUGCCUGCGAAAUCUGAGAUCUAUGAUUCUUUAACAAGUUUAGGGAGUGUAAAAGCACCUGGACCUGAUGGCUUUACUACAGCUUUUGUGCCAGGACGCCAUAUUCAUGAUAACUCUAUUUUGGCGCAUGAAAUGCUUCACACUCUUAAGUUUAAGAGGGGUAAUGACAGACUUAUGGCCGUCAAUAUUGAUAUGGAAAAGGCUUUUGACAGAAUGGAGUGA